AUUCAUUUUGUAACGACGUUAGAUCUAAUGCGUUGUUAUUGUUCUUUGCUCGCGCCGGCUUCUUGUUCUCUCCGAUAAUGUAUUGCGUUUGAUGUGUUUAUCUAAUGAAGGAUGGUGUAUUGAUUAUUGUUUUAUUGGUAAUCGAAUCAUUUGGAUGCCUCCUUCAUUGUUACGUUAUUCUCGUUAGGUUACCGGGGGGAAAUAAAAGGAUCGGAGCGAUGAUGCAUCUGUAGUGGCUUUUAUUGUUUGAUUAGUGGAUUCAGAUCUUGUUUUCCCAUUAUGAGAUGCUUUGCAACAUUUCGUAGUGAUAAUGGGCAAAAGCCAAUCAACCUGCGAGGAAUGUUCAUUGUUGAUGAUUAAUUUUCUAUCUUCUGUGACUAGAACAGCCGCUACUUGGAGCUUAGCUUAUGAUUUUUUUUUUUUUUGGUUAUUACUUUCUGAUUGUUGCUCGCUAAUUUGCUGUGCCCUUGGUGCAGAAGAACAAGAUGGGUCUGUCAUUCACGAAGCUCUUCAGCCGGCUUUUUGCCAAGAAAGAGAUGAGGAUUCUUAUGGUGGGUCUCGACGCAGCUGGUAAGACCACCAUCUUGUACAAGCUCAAGCUGGGAGAGAUCGUCACAACCAUUCCUACAAUCGGAUUUAAUGUUGAGACUGUGGAAUACAAGAACAUUAGCUUCACCGUCUGGGAUGUUGGGGGUCAGGACAAGAUCCGACCCUUGUGGAGACACUACUUCCAGAACACCCAGGGACUGAUCUUUGUGGUUGAUAGCAAUGAUCGUGACCGUGUUGUGGAGGCCAGGGACGAACUCCACCGCAUGUUGAACGAGGAUGAGUUGAGGGAUGCUGUUCUCCUUGUUUUUGCAAACAAGCAGGAUCUUCCUAAUGCCAUGAAUGCUGCUGAGAUCACUGAUAAGCUCGGCCUUCAUUCCCUUCGUCAGCGCCACUGGUAUAUCCAGAGCACCUGUGCUACAUCCGGUGAAGGGCUUUACGAGGGACUGGAUUGGCUGUCCAAUAACAUUGCAAACAAGGCAUAGACGAGUAACUGACGUUUCAUAUUUGUGCGGCUUCCCUACUACCGCUAGGCGAUGGAUCGAUAUGUUAUAUUUUGGUCUUUUUUUUUUAAUGAUUCCCUGAUCCUGUAAUUGUCGAGAGAAGAAGGUGAUGAUAUGUCUUGUGUAGAUUCAAAUAAUUCCCGUAUGAUUCGUAUAAUCCUGUAAUGAGAUUGCUAUGUUACCAUUUUUGGGCUUUGGAAAAGAUUCUUCAGGUGAUUUUACUUGUUACGUAGGUAGCUAAGCUUGGCUCGUUUCACCCACUUCCCAAUUCCCGUUGUUGUUAUCAAAAUAAGGGGAGAAAACAACAAAGCAAAACAACCCUGGGCAACUAGGGGUGUUCAAUUGACAUUGUUGUUGUUGUAAUUGUUUUAACCAGUAGUAUUUAACCAAUUUGGUUUUAUUAAUUUGGUUAAUUGGUUUGUUUUGAUUAAAUUUUUUAGUUUGUU